AUGAAGCAUAAAGAAAAGAAGAAACAUCUAGAAAGAACUUGCAGCAUUCAACAGGAUGCGCCUCAACCUCAGUCAUUCAUGGAGGCCCCAGGCUGCAUUCAGGCAGCAGGAGAAAAUGCAUCUGCCUCUGAAUAUUUCACCAGUGUCUCCUCACCUUCAAAGCGUCCCCGUUAUGAUGAGGAUGGAUCCCAUCAAUUACAACAAAAUUUUCCCUAUCUUGGGAAACUUAACAUGUCUGUGUCACUGACAACAUGGAAACGGAAGAUCAUGGAGUGGACCAUAGGAGGAUUCCAUCAAUUACAAAAAUAUUUUCCCUAUUUUGGGAAACUUAAUAAGCCUGUGUACCAACCAGCAUGGAAACGGAAGAUCAUGGAGGGGCACAUAGGAGGAUCCCAUCAAUUACAACAAAAUUUUCCCUAUCUUGGGAAUCUUAACAUGCCUGUGUACCAGCCAUCACGGAAACGGAAGAUCAUGGAGGGGCACAUAGGAGGAUUCCAUCAAUUACAACAAAAUUUUCCCUAUCUUGGGAAUCUUAAUAUGCCUGUGUACCAGCCAGAACGGAAAUGGAAGAUCUUGGAGGGGCACAUAGGAGGAAUCAAGGAGAGACGUGUACCCAAGAACUUGGUGCAAACAGAGUCUUCCUCUGACUAUUCAUAUAGCUCCAAUUCCUCACAUUCAUCUAGUAAUAAGGAGCCCGGCCUCAUGAAAAUUUACUAUAUGCGUGUACAAUUGAAAAGGGGUGUGGCUGUCUUGUGCCAUACAGGGGAAGGAUGGGAGCCUCCCUCAAAAAAGAUCAAAAUGGAAGAAAUGACCUAUACUACAGAGGUGCAUAAAAAUGUCCCCCUCUCUCACAUGUCUGGGGAGAAUCUCCUAAAUGACCCUGAGCCCAGCGUAGACAGUCCAGCCCAAGAGAAAAGGGAGAAGGCUGGCUGUAGCGCAGAACCUCCAAAUCUGGUGGCAUGUCGCAGGAUCCCAUUGUGGAGGGCCCUGGAGAGCGGGUUCAGGUGCCUGGCCUGCUGCCGCGUCUUUGCUAGCCUGGAGGCCCUUCAGGGGCAUGUGGAGCAUGGGGUCCAGGAGGGCUUCAGCUGCCGUGUGUUUCAUCGAGCCAUGGCUCGUCUGAAGUACAAAAAGCUUAAGAGAAAGAAGAAGAAAUUGAUGAAGGCAUCAUUAAGUUGCCAGGAGGAAAAACAUUUGACACGAAGACAAAUUUGA